AUGAUGUCUACGAAUACUGACAGCAGGCUCUUGUACUUUACCUCUGCAUUAUCGGAUCGUCUCAAACAUGAAAACGAUGGAAAAGCCUCGCAAGGUCUCUACAAGUGUUCUUUGAAUACGAUGAACGGAAGUUGCCAAGACCCUCAACUAGUUGCAGACCGUUUUCAUCAUGACACAGAAACCCGUCACGGCCUGCGCCUCAGCCACCUUUCAAUUGACAACAGUUCCAAUGACGCAAUGAUGUAUGCGACAUAUUUUGAGAACAAUAGCCGUGGUUUUGAAAUUGUCCGCGGGCCAUUGGCUUCCAAAGUUCAAUUCCAGUCCUUUUUUCGAACCAAGGGUGUCCAUUCAAGUCACACUUGCAACAAGGAAUGUUGCCCUGGGGCGCACCAUACCUACUUGGUUACCAAACCAGCAUCUUAUCUCGUUGAUGUGGGGGAGGUGUUUAUAUCUUGGGCUGGUUUCUACCGCAACUGUGCGUCCAAUGAUGACGAUGGAUUCAAGUGGACCAUUGGUAUUUCUAGGCUUCAAGAUCGACCGGAGUGCACCAAUACGGAGGAACGAGCCGAUUUUGGGGACUGUACAACUCCGAUUCAGAUUGCCUCCCAAGUUGAAGAAGGUCAAGAAGAAGUAUUUUUGAAUUUUUCCAGCUUUCAGUCUAGUCGUUUGCCUUCAGGCCAGCGACUAUUCUUCCUUUCUGUCAUUCGAGGGAACUCGGAUGAUCCAAAGGCAAAGCCAACAAAUGAGAUUUGGGCUGUACAAGAGGGUGCUACCGAAAGCCAGCUCACACAUGAAAUCGAAAUCGACGACGCCUUUGUUGCUGACAAUCUGGGUUCCAUAAGUUUGCACCUGGAUGAGAAUAGAGUGGCAAAUGCCAUAUGUCUGACAGCAUAUGAUGGAGGGAUUUUCUGUGACAAACUUGCCAUCGAUCAAACUGGAACAGUCAAAGUAUUGAAUACAAUCACACCAAUAACGAGCCAACAAAUCAAGGAAAAGUGUGCUAUCAAGCCUUCGGAGCAUUAUCCACUGAGUAAGGACAUUCCAGCUGUUGCAUCAGGUCUAGAUGUUUCAUGGAAUGCAGAUGGCACCCCAAACCAACUGGUGUUUGGUUGUUUGGGACAACUCCCAAAUGAAGGUGGAUUUUUCACGGUCUUCUUUGAUGGCAGGGUGUCCCCUGUUGUCGAAGCAAUGGAGGGUGGAUAUCCUGGCUCUCUAUUAUUUGUCCGAAGCCCCUUGGCAGUAUCCAGCACAGGGACCACACAGCCAGUACCCACUAGUCUUGGGAAUACACAGUCGCGCCACGAGGAACCAAUUAUCUCCAUUGAAGUUGGAGGCGAAGAUGUUUUUGAUGUGACAGAAGACAAUGCUCCCGUCGUGUUUGCGCUCGCUGUUGUCGCACUAUUGGUUGCUGCUGCACUGUGGGUUACAAGGAAACCACUGAGAAGAUGGGUGGGUAUUGUUCGGCGCGGUUCAUCAUUCCAGUCGCUCCACUAUGACAAUAGCGAUUAUGAUUUCCAUGCCGUGUCAACAAACGAGCAUCCACCGGGAGGACUAGUGUAUAUGGAACUCACGUCCACGUCAACUUCGUGA